CAUCGAUGGACAGCUGCGGAACAAAUUCAAUGCCCUCUGAAACUGUUCUCCGGCCGAGGUUAUUGCCGGUAACAGUCGCCAUAUUGAAUUAUUAAUAAAAACAAAAACUGAUUAUAAACUUUAUAAUAUCUUAAAUUGAGAAGCUGAAUAUUUUGCAGUGAUUCAUGUGCUCAACCGUUAAAAAACUGGUGCGGUGGCCACCGGUAAUCGCUUCCAGCAGCGGUACUAGGCGGUGGAUAUGGGAAGGUAAUCGGAGAGAUAGGAAGAGUUUGUAAAAGAGGAAAUUGUUGAAAUAGCAGUAUUUUUAUGUAUCAGACAAAAACAACUUUUGGCAUUUAUGCAAGUAUUUCUUUUGUUCGUCUUACAAAUGAAGUAAAAUUUGAUGGUGAUACAAAAACAGAAAAUGUGAAAUUAGUUUACUGUCACUUUCCUUUCACGGUGUAAUCACAGUGCAGAUUUGGAUCACAAUUCCAUCUAUCGCAAAAAAAAUGGUUAUUUAAGGAUCAAAUCGUUCAAUAGAAAACCAUUUCCAUUCCCAUGGCCAACGAAAACACUGGCGACGAGGUUGUGUGCGUGACCGGCGCCAACGGUUUCAUCGGUUCGUGGCUGGUUCGGACCCUCUUGGAGAACCAAAACCAUAGCUACACCAUCCACGCCGCCGUCUUCCCCGGUUCCGACGCCUCUCAUCUCUUCACCCUCCACCCCACCGCUGCCUCCCGCAUCACCGUCUUCCCCGCCGACCUCCUCGACGCCGCCGCCAUCUUCCGCGCCGUCGCGGGAUGCUCUGGCGUUUUCCACGUUGCGUCCCCCUGCACACUGGAGGACCCCGCGGACCCUCAAAGUGAGCUUCUAGAACCCGCGGUGCAGGGCACGCUGAACGUGCUCGAAGCCGCGAGGAGCGUGGGCGUGCGGCGCGUGGUGCUCACGUCCUCGAUCUCCGCAAUGGUGCCGAACCCGGGGUGGCCGGCGGGAAGGGUAGUGGACGAGGAGUCGUGGACGGACGUGGAGUUCUGCAGGGCGAGGGGGAAGUGGUACCCUGUGGCGAAGACGGAGGCAGAGAGGGCGGCGUGGAAGUUCGAGGGCAGUGUCGAGGUGGUGGCCGUCCUGCCGGCGACGUGUCUGGGUCCGUUGCUGCAGCCGGAGCUGAACGCGAGCUCCGGCGUGCUACAGAGGCUGAUGAUGGGGUCGAAGGAGACGCAGGAGUAUCACUGGUUAGGUGCGGUGCAUGUGAAGGACGUUGCUAAAGCUCAUGUAUUGCUCUACGAAACUCCCUCUGCUGCUGGUAGAUAUCUCUGCACCAAUGGCAUCUAUCAGUUUUCUGGUUUUGCUGCCUCUGUCUCUGAAUUGUACCCUGAAUUCCCUAUCCACAGGUUCCCAGAAGAAACACAACCUGGCCUGGUUCCUUGUAAUGGCGCAGCAAGGAGACUAAUAGACUUGGGCCUUGUCUUCACACCAAUACAAGACGCUGUGAGAGAAGCAGCGGAGAGCCUUAUAGCCAAAGGCUUCCUGCAGCGCUCACCCUCACAGAGAACUCAACUCCACCAAAGCUCAACUUGCUGCCACUCACUCGCUCUUGUCUGAACUACACUACAGACUCAACUCCUCUAACUUACUUGUCCAGGCACUGCUUAUCGACCUUACGCGUCAACAAGAAAAGCAAUCCAACAGUGCUGAUCAGAAUCAAGUGAGUAGGAAGUUUGGGAAUGAUGAGCUUAGUUUUGCACUUGGUCCUCACAAGCUCCCCUUUGGGUACUCACCAAUGAUAGGGUCAGAUGAGAUUCACACACCUGUUGGUGCAUUCUGCAUGAAGCUCCAUGAUGAGUUAAAUCGAUAUAUGACGUAUGAGAUUGGAGGGGAGUGCCCUAUGGAUUAUGUGCUUGCACAAAGGCUCAUGCUCAAAGGGUGUGAGCCACUCCCUCGUAGGAGAUGCCACCCAAAGUCUCCUGCAAAUUAUGUGGAGCCAACACCUUUGCCUGAGAGCCUUUGGUCAACCCCACCAGACACCAGCAUUGUAUGGGAGGAUUAUGCUUGUAAAAGUUACCAGUGCCUUGUUGACAGAAAGAACAAGCCUGGCUCAUACAAUUGCAAGAGUUGCUUUGAUUUACAAGGGGAAGAGAGGAAUAGGUGGAUCUUUGAUGAUGGUGGACUUAGUUUUGGAAUAGACCAAGUUCUUGCAACCAAAGCUGCAGGGACAAUUCGAAUUGGACUUGACAUUGGUGGUGGAACUGGAACUUUUGCUGCAAGGAUGAAGGAAAGGAAUGUGAAUAUCAUCACUAGCACACUGGAUUUGGAUGGUCCUUUCAACAACAUCAUUGCAUCAAGGGGUUUGGUACCGAUGCAUAUUAGCAUCUCUCAAAGGUUUCCAUUCUCUGACUACACACUGGACAUUGUACACUCCAUGGAUGUCUUGAGUAAUUGGAUACCAGACACCAUGCUUGAGUUUGUACUAUUCGAUAUAUACAGGGUGUUGAGGCCAGGUGGUCUAUUCUGGCUUGAUCAUUUCUUUUGCUUUGAGUCACAACUCAAUAAAACUUACGUGCCUAUGUUUGAUCGAAUUGGAUUCAAUAGAUUGAGGUGGCACGUUGGAACCAAACUUGAUGAUGGGGCUCACAAGAAUGUGUUGUACAUUUCAUCCCUAAUGGAGAAACCAAUGACUUGAGGCAAGUGUAUGAACCCAUAAGAUUACUUAGGGAAGUUUUUUUAUCACCUUGCGAAAAAAUGUUAA